AUGCUUCCCACUCCGCCUCAAUCGCCGACAUCAUCGGGAUCAUGCAGUCCGGAUGAUAGACUUGGCCAGGUCAUAGGCUACGAGUAUCAGCUGACUGACGUCCUGGGAGUUGGAGCUUACGGUACCGUGUACAAGGCCCGUUCCGUCAAGGAUGGCGCGGAGUACGCCGUGAAAGCGCUCAACCGAUUUGGUCUCGACCCAAGGCAACGGGCGUUCCAGGAACGGGAGAUCCGGUUGCACUGGGAGGCCAGCCAGCACCCCAGCGUUGUUUCCAUGAAAAGGAUCGUGGAUACUCCGGAUUGCACUUACGUCGUUCUUGAGUACUGUCCGGAGGGCGACUUGUUCGCGAAGAUCACCGAUGACGGUGCCUACCACGGGCAAGAUCAGAUGGCCAAGUCAGUGUUCCUACAAAUCUUGGAUGCUGUCCAGCACUGCCAUGCAAAGGGUAUCUACCACCGGGAUCUCAAGCCUGAGAACAUUCUCGUGAUGGACAACGGAUGGACUGUGAAGCUCGCGGACUUUGGACUUGCCACUGAGGAUCGCAUCACGUCCGACUUUGGAUGCGGAUCGACUUUCUACAUGUCGCCAGAGUGCCAGCAAUCCAACCCUAAGCCCUUUGCUUGCUAUUCAUCAGAGUCCAACGAUGUCUGGUCCCUUGGCGUCAUCCUCGUCAACCUUGUCUGCGGCCGCAACCCAUGGAAGCGGGCCGCAAUUGAGGACUCGACCUUCAGAGCAUACGUUCGGGAUCGGAAUUUCCUUCAAUCUAUUCUGUCCAUCUCAUCAGGCCUCAAUGCUAUCCUGCAAAGGAUAUUCGAGAUCAACCCCCAGCACAGGGUAGGCCUUGAUGAGCUCCGCCACCUCAUACUGGAAUGCCCACAGCUGAGCCAGGAGGCCGAGGCUGCAAGCUUGCCACCAACUCCUCCCUACUCACCGGUGGAGAAGCCAGUGGAGGCGCCUCUGCCGUACUAUGGCAACGGCCUGGAGCCUGUGCCCAACAUGGAUCCGUUGCCAGUGCAGCAGUAUCCGGUGUACGCGAGACCUCACUUCGCUGCCCAGGCACUCUACACACCCGACCCAACACCGCCGGCUUCCACUGCUGGCAGCCCCCGACACAGCCCUUAUACGUACCAAGCCAAACCAGCAAUGCCCGCUUACCACGGUCCCUUUGCUGGGUCGGCCAACUUCAUCCCAUCCUUCCCGUGGCAACGAUGCACUAGCUUCGUGCCCCAUCUGGCCAACCAGGUCUGCUGGAGAGGAGUCAUGGUGUCAUGA